CAGUGAAAGUAGAUAAAGAUGAAACAGAAGUUGCAGUUCAACCACAAAAUUCAUUAGGUAUUUUCAGCAAGAAAAAACUGUAUUAACUGUUUCUAAUAUUCUGCCAACCCUGUACUUGAUUCACGAUUCAAUAACCGAAAGUUCAUCACCAGCACCAGUUCCAAUGGUAGACAAGAAUGUUGACUUAGACGGUGACGGAGCACUAAGUCUAGCUGAAGUACAAUAUGCAGCUUUUGUUCAUCAUGGGCUUCCAAGUUCUGUUGUCGAGGAACUUUUUAAAGAGGUAGACAAAAAUAAAGAUGGUUAUUUGACGGCAUUAGAAUUCAACGAUAUUCGGCCACUAGUUCUCGCAAAAGCUGAGAAUGCAGCACUAAGAUAUUUGCAAGUUGUUGACACCGAUAAAAAUGGCUUAUUGUCAUUGAAAGAGGCGCAGGCAUAUAUUUUAACAGAGUACGGAAUUGGAAACAAAGAUGUGGAACGGGUCUGGAAGUUGGUGAUGCCAAAUGGGAAUAGUGAAAUGGAUGCAGUUACGUUCAGCAAACUUCGCAGACGUAUUCGUGGAAUGAGCAUCAGACUGGCUAGGCAGAUCAUGAAGGCCGCCGACAAAAAUGAGGAUGGACAUAUCGAUGCAAAAGAAGCCCAACAAGUUGCAUUCGAACAAGAAGGCUUAGGUGCAGCUGAGGUACACGAUAUGAUUGCAUCUGUUGACGACAAUAACGAUGGUGAACUAAAUGCACCAGAAUUUGCAGAUUUUGAAAGAAUUCUGAGAGCCAAAGGAGUUGACAUUGCACGACGAGUUGUCGAUAAAGAUGGUUCCGGUUAUCUGACUAUGGAUGAAGCAAAACGUAUUGCCUUUGAACACUACGGUUUUGACGAAAAAACGUUGAGUCCGUUCUUUAGCCAAGCAGACGAAAAUGAAGAUGCACAAUUAGACGCCGUUGAAUUUGCUGGCUUUAGAUCUGUAAUCCGAAGUAAAGCAGUCAAAAAUGCUGCUAUAGCUAUGCAGGAAAUGGAUACAGAUGGAGAUGGCUUGAUCAGUGGGUCAGAAGGUGUUAGCAUGACUAGGAAGCAGGAUGAUAUGGACGCCAAAGAAACGUAUAAUUUGUUCAAUCUUGCAGACCAAGAUAAAAGCGGAAAAUUAGACAAAGUUGAAUUAGCAGAUUUCUUGAGACUUGUACGGCUCAGUGCCAUCAAAUUUGCUACUGAUCACUUCAGGGAAUUCGACGUAAACAAAGACAAAAUUGUUACCGUCGAUGAGCUGGAAUCAUCAAUAGAACACAAAUACAAUGUGGAUCCCAAAGUAACCAAGCAGUUCUUUGAAAAAGUUGAUAUUGACGGUUCAGGCGAUUUAAGCCCGGGUGAAAUUGUCGAUUUUAGGUAA